AGAUGCAGCCGUUCGUGGGCCAACAUCAGCACCAGCCAAGCCGAAACGGUCCAGGUCGAGAAAAGCUGACGCAAAGACGGCCGCGCCAUGGUCGGAAUGGUACGCGAGCGACAACCGCAGUUUCUUUUGGCGCGCAAGGCAAACGCCGGACGGUAACUCCUAGAGGCCCCUGACGCUUCGUUUAACAAAAUCUCUGACAUGCGGGCAGAGACUUGGGAUUACCAGUUUGCACCGGGCAUACAAGAAGCCGCGCGGCCGCAGGACUCAUCAUCUCCACCCAUGUCUGCGAGCGAACUCACCGUAUCUCGCUCUCCGCCUCCCGCGACAGAUACGCCUCCAAGUCCCGGUCGUUACCUCAGUCCGUCUCAAGACCCGACGUCACCCAAGAGCUCAUGGCCAACAAUACCAACCACGUCCACCGGCCAGCCAACCCAGGGCUUAUCCGCCUCCAGCCGCAGCACCCUGACUGCGCUUCCGCAAGAGGUAGACGAAGGCAGCCCGCCCGACGCCACUACUACUCCUGCCACAGCGGCUCUUACGCCUCUCCUUGUGCCAAUCAGGGACUAUGGCGCGAGCCAGAAUCUCAAGAGCAACUACAGCAACAGCAGGAGGCAAGUCGGGCCGGUGAUGCGCCUCUUCCAGGAGGGGCGGAGCCGCAAGAGCCAGACCAAGACGGAGGUGGCGAGGUCCAAAACGCAGAACAAGACGACGACAAAACCGGGCACGACGACAAAACCGGGCAACAGCGGUGGAGGAGACGGCAUCAGCAGAGCAAAACCGCUGGAUGGCAGCGGAGGAGGUGUUGCUCCGAGAAAGACAGACCCCAAGGCAUCCGUGUUGGCAAAGAAGCUGCAUGCCAAGGUCAAGUCGGAGAAGGAGCUGAAGGUGGACCCGAAGCGGCGGGUGAAGGCGUGGUUGAAGGGGGUCGAGCUGGAUAUGGCGCCGAUACCGUUGGAUGCGCAGGGCUUUCCAAUCUAUCGAUGAUACCCUCUUUUUCUGUGCUUCUUUUACUUCGUAUUCCCCAUGGCUUAGUGUUUCUGUUUGUAUUCAUUACACAGCGUUGGGAACGGUCUGUCGCAAGAUAACAUCGUCUUCCAUACGGGCGCCCGCUCGAGGCCUGUUUUGAACAGGGCACGGGUGUGAUGGAGCGGAGAGCGC